AUGCGCUUCUCACUCCCCGCCGCAGUCCUAGCCAUCGCCAGCCUCACCUCAGGCUUCACAAUCCCCGAAGGUCUCGCAGAGGGCGUCUACACAGCCAGCAUCAACGACGACGGCACCCACAACUUCACGCUCAUCAGCGACACUCCGUCCGCGCCCUCCGUUCCAGCGCUCAGCAAGCGCGCCACGACCUGGCCCUCAGGCACCAAGCCCGUCUGCACCGGCGGAACCAUGCUGGGCCACUACGACUUCUACGACGGCGGCGCAUGGGGCAACUUUUGGAGCCACUGCCAAAGCCUCGGCGGCACGAAGAUCGGCUCCGGUUCCUCCAUCUUCAGCUACUGGGGUAAUGCGGUCGCCUAUAUGUGCGCGUACGGUCCUAACCCGUGCUCGGUCGUCGAGUGGGGCGAUGCGGUGAAUUGGGCGCAGAAUGCCUGCCCGUAUACGAGUGGCGCUUAUGUUGAGCCUGCUUAUCUCAAUAUUCCGAGCUGGAAGAAGUCUUACGGAUACACCAAUUCCAAAACUAGCUUUUGCUGA